UUUUGCUUCUUGAUAGUUGUCAAAAAGAUAACAGCGAUGCCAUUGUAGUCUAGAAGUUGGACUUAAUGGAUACUAUUAUAUUCGAAAGUCUACAGGUAGCAGACUAGUAUGUUGGUCUACCUAGAGUUAGUGUAAUUUGUUUUCUUUUUUUAAUCAAGCAAGCGUGAUAGCCAUAAACAUCUAUGCACUCGCAAACGCUGUGUAUAUUUGUUUGGCGAUCUACUCUGGUUUUUGUCAUCAGGUUUCAUGAAAUCCAGAAACUCUAUGACGAUAAGGCAGAAUGCAUCCGAGCCAGCAGCUUUUACAGUGGGGGAGACAACUUUCAGCCAGUCUUGCACCAAAGUCUUGCCUAACAAAAGGACCAAGCGGAGUUUGAUUCCCGUACGCUCACACCAGCGAGACCAUCCAAAAGUGCACAUGUCUGACAACGAUGAGACUCAAUGGCAUGAAAAAAAUGGACCAUCUUUUUUGACACAUUCUGGACUUUUCAUUGACCGUGUUUCUUCUCCUACCUUAUCGGACAUGGAAAGACCUUCACGGUCAUCAGGAGCUCCAAAAUCUAUUGGUUCCCUUCAGAGGGAUUCAGCAGUGACAAAGUACAUCGAUCGUUUUCGCUAUGGACAACCGCUGAGUCGAGAGGAGCGCCAGCAGAGGUCCUGUGAAUUUGAAGAGGAGAGUAUGCCUUUGUGGUGGAUGUCUUCCUCAUCUUUACCUCCUAGUUCAACACCAACAAAAAUUUUGCACAAAGAUCCGGAAGAUGAUCACAGCCAAGCCAUUUCCAGUCCGGCAGGACGCCCACUUGAUGAUGACUUGAGUUGUUCGCCACGCUUAGGAGACUAUAACAUGAAAGCAUAUAUUCCAUCAGACACAUCUCAGAGUGAGUUUGAGGACACAGAGAUACUUCACCUUCAAGAAAGGGCCACCAAACUUCUGCAGAGAGGUGACAGUAUUCUUAGCAAUGUAUCCAUUCCUGCCAGUUCAGAGGGCCUGGGAUGCUCAGAUCGCUCUUCUUCAGUCAAUAUAAAUCAGACAGCACAAAGACCUUUGAUUAACACUUCAAUAAAAUCUACAGCUGCAAUGGCCAGGUUGGACUCCGCUUUUGCUGUGCCCCUCCAACGAUACACCGUCACUUCUUCAAUGUCGCCCCAUACACGUCCAGAAGAGGACAUCCUUUCCCAGUGGCGUUUAAGAAGAAAGAUGGAGCAGGCCAGCGAAUGGUCUCAUUCCCUGCAAAACUUCGAACUUUGUACCCCCACAUUUAAGGGUCGGGCCCCCAGUCUACACUUUUCCUCAGUAAAUGGGCACCCUUACAAGCAACAGCAAAGUAUUCAAUACCCUGAACCCUCACAAGGAGCUGUUCCUGAGCCCAAAGAAGCCCAUGGACAUCAUCAGUCAACUUCAGUCCCACUUGCCAUUGCUGUCUCUGAUACGCUAGUCUCCCAGCCACAGUCUCUCGUGCAUGUUCCUGCGCACAUGCAUCUCCUUUGUGACAUUCUUCCCUGUCCCACACGGUCACCUCAUCCGAUCAUGUUCCAAGGAAAUCCACGCAUACCGGAAGAGACCUUAACUAAAGAAAGAACUGAAGAAACCAAAGUCUCUGGUAACUUAAAGCGCAAUUCCAUCAACGAGCCUCCCUACAGACACAUUCCAUCACCGCCUCCUGCUCCUUGUAGACAUACAGAUGUAGAUUGUCCUUUUAGACCUACAGAUGGAGGUCAUCCUUCUCGACCUAGAGAAGGUGGCAGUCCAUCAAGACCUAUAGAAGGAGGCUGUCCUACCAGACUUACAAAAGACGGCCAUCCUUCGAAACCCAAGGAAGAAGGCAGUCCUUCUAGACAUACAGAAGAUCGGAAUCAGUCUAGACUUGUCGGAGGAGGUCAUGACGAGAACCCCAGAAUGACAAAUGAGAUGGCUAAAAAGGAAAAAGACCAAACAAAGCAAGUGGGAGAAAGUGAGAAGACUGAGAGGAUUAUCAGAAAACAGAAGAAAUUGACAAGGUGUCCUGGAUGUAGCGAGCAUGCCGAUGGGCCUAACGUCACAAGCUCUGCACAGCAGAAGAAGAAGAACAAGACACGGGCAGAUCCACGGCAGCAGCAGAGACGUAAAGAUGCAGGCCAUCAUGCACCACCUUCUUCUCCGGUCCAUCGUGCCUUAGGCCAGCAGGUUGUUUCAGAGGUCCUGUUCCCACCAGUGGACUCUUCUCCCCAAGAUGCAGCUGUCCCAUCUCUCCCUGCCCAUCCGCAAUCCUCACUUCCUCCUUGCAACGCACACACCUCACUGGAGGUCAUGUCCCAGCUGCUGCAAGAGGCUGAAGGAUUUGUUUUUUCAGAUUCGGAUGAGAAAGAAUUUGAAGACGACCCUUUACUACGAGUCCUUCGCACACAAAGAAAAUGGGUUAAGGAGCAAAUCAGUGAAGUGGACUUCAUGUUGCACAAUAAGCCAGAAGAUAAGACAACUUGAUGCAGUAACUGAUGUCAAAUUUUUUUCUAUUUGAUUUUGUAUGUAGUUUAUUGAAAUUUACAGAAGAAACAAAACACAAUAAAAACUUCAGAAUCACAACUUGGCUGCUUAAAUGAAAACAGCUUUGAAAUUGUGGUCCUCAUAUUUACAAAGUGUACAUUCAUGAAAUAUUAUGGAAGGUUGAUGCAUCAUAGCAUUAUUUACAAAUCUCUGAGACCAGGCAAUAU